AUGUCACUGGAGGAGAUGAUCAAUCUCUUCCAAGAACAAAACCUCAACAAUUUACUAGAUUCCGGAAAAUUGGCACAGGUUGUUACCUCAUUCCGGCACAUGGUGAAUGCUCAAGAAAUUCUUCUUGGGGGUAGUGUUCCUCCUUCAUGUGAUGAGACCAAUAUUUUGAGCCAGAGCUACAAACCUUAG